AUGGAUAGGAUCAACGGUCUAUCAGAUGACAUUAUAUGCCACAUACUAUCUUUCCUUCGGAUCAAAGAGUCUGCUCUAACGUCUAUCCUCUCAAAGCGAUGGCGUAAUCUGUUUGCCUUCACACCGAAUCUUCACUUUGAUGAUUGUGAAGUUGGUAGUGGACGAAGCUUCAUUGAUUUUAUCGAUAGAUUAUUGGUAGUGUCUGGAAACUUUCCCUUAAGGAAAAUCACAAUAUGUCGUAAGAGUAUUAUUAACUUGGAAGUCUCGGAUCAUGUCACCCGAUGGAUGAAACGGGCGCUUAACCAAUCACUUCUGGAGAAGUGA